AGCUACCUGGCGCUACGAUCGCUUCAUUUGUUGACAAUUCAUCAGCUGAACCGGCGCCACAACCAAAAUACAAACAUUUUUCGACCAAUUUCUUUAGAAAAAGAUGGCAAGCUCGGCUAAAAUGGGCAAGAAAGUGAUUUCACAGAAUGAACUGCGGCGAAUCAUGAACGAGCAGAAGAAAAAGCUGACGCAAUCGGUCAAGAAAAUCGAAUCGCCCCUUGCAAAGUACUCGGCCAGGGGCCAACUGAGCUGCAUUUUGUGCGACGCGCCUGUUAAAAAUGAAGGCCUCUGGACGGCUCACCUGGCAAGCAAGGAGCACCUGGCCAACAUCGCUGCCGCCAAGAGGAAAAAGGCCGAGGCCGAGAAAAGGACAGCUCCCCCCGCAACCUUUGCCGUUCCCCCGGAGAAAAAGGUGAAAACCGGCGCUCCAGCGGUCGCCGCUUCAUCCAGUGCCAUUCCCGCAGACUUUUUUGAUUCGGACACGAAACCCGUCGCUAUCAAAGUGGAGAAGCAGGAGAGAAUGGAAGCACUCCAAAAGGUCAAGGAAGACAACAUUGAAUCCACGAAAAAGAAUACAGUUUUAAAAUCACCACAGAGUAGCUCAGAAGCGCCGGAAGACCCGAAGGAAGUGCUUCCUGAAGGAUUUUUCGACGACCCUAAACUUGACGCUAAGGUGCGAAACGUCGAAUACAGAGACCCUGUGGAGGAGGAGUGGGAGAAGUUCAUGAAAACAAUGAAGGAAGAGUCUGAGCAGUCGCACCAAAUCAUCCAGGACGACCAGGAAGAGUCGACGGCCGAGCGACAGUUGGAGGAAAUCGACGAGCAGAUGAGGAAUUGGUCCAGAGUGUUGGAUUUGGAGAAGAAAAAGGAAGAGGUGGAUAUUAAAACAGCGGCGGCCGAUAGCAUCAAGAAGGAACACUCAAGUGACUCAGAAAGCGACGUAGAUGAAGAUUUUGAUGAGUUUUUGGACUGGAGAUCCAAACAUUCAUGAGCAAUGCUAAUUAAUAAAUACAAUGGAAUAAUUGUUAGGAAAAUA